AUGAAGAGGUGUCCCGACGCCACCAACCUGCGAGAUGGCAAAGGACGGACUUUCCUCCAUGUCGCCGCCGAGAAGGGGUGCCACCGUGUGGUUCGAUAUGCUAAUAGAGAAAUGCCACAGCGAUUGUCAUCGAUGAUUCUGAAUGCGCAGGACAACAACGGGGACACUGCGCUGCACGGUGCUGUCCGUGAUGGGAACCUUGCCGUCUUCAACACUUUACUUCGGAAUCCACGGGUACGCUUGGACAUGACAAAUAAAGACGGGAUGACACCACUGGAUCUUUCAUGGAGUAUGACCCCUUCAGCAAUUCUUGAUUACGUGUUUGUAAGAGCUCCUCAUGGUGGAGGUCGGCCGGAGCUCUUCUGGGAACAACACAUCACCAAAGUAGACGAGGACAAAGAGUCACAGAAACAUACAGAUGCAACGCAAGUGAUGAGCAUUGUCGCCGUACUUAUUGCGACCGUCACAUUUGCAUCAGCUUUCACGUUGCCUGGUGGUUAUCGAUCCGUCGGGGACUCAUCUAGCAAUAAUCACGCUGGGACGCCGGUGCUUGCUGGGAGCUAUUUUUUCGACGCCUUUAUCCUUGCCGACACCUUGGCAUUCGCCUGCUCCACCUUGGCUACCUUUAGCCUUGUCUAUGCCGGGGUGCCGGCCAUGGCCAUCUCCAUCCGCCGCUACUACAUCGACAUUUCGUCCGGGUUGCUGCAGAGUGCAGGAAGGAGUUUCGUGGCCGCUUUCGCCUUGGCCUUGUACCCGGUGCUGGCUCCAGUUGAUCAUACAAUUGCAGUGACUGUCUGCGUCAUCUUUUUUGCAUCUUUCCUCUGGGGAAACAUGGAAGCUUGGCGGGUCACCUGUGGGGCAAACACGGUCCGUGCUCGAAUUGGGAUACGGCGAUUUCCAGUAUGGGAUUACGUACAAGUAAUAUUUCUUAGUGUCUUGGUACACUUUUGGUCGUACAUAAUAAUCCUUGGUCUCCCAGCAAUUCGGAAGUGGGCAAGUAAAUAA